UGUUCCUCUUCUCCUCCUCGAUCUUUGGCACCGCGUGGCCAGUGCCAAGCUAAGAACUCCAUCUUUCUCAAUCACCAAGAACUCUCUUCUCCAUCCCUUCCAUCCUCCAAAUUCCCAUACCAUCUCAUCGGUUGCCUCCAAGAAGCUGAGGUUUGCUAAGACUCGUUCUUGGAAGUCUUGGAUUGUGGUGACAAUGAUGGCCAUGGGGUACUUCAGGGCGCCGAGGCGGCUGUACGGGAGGAAGCCGGAGAGAGGGCAGCACCGGGAGAGCCUGAGCGCUGCCCUGCUCGUCGACGAAGGCGAGGCAGCGGCCGCGGCGGGCGCGGUGCCCAAGGGGUACUUCGCCGUGUACAUCGGCGCGGAGGCGCGGCGGUUCGUGGUGCCGACGAGCUACCUCAGCCAGCCGGCGUUCCGGGAGCUGAUGGAGCGCGCCGCGGAGGAGUUUGGCUUCGACCAGGCCGGCGGGCUCCGCAUCCCCUGCCGCGAGGAGGAUUUCCAGGCCACGGUCGCCGCGCUCGAGGAGUCGAGGCGCCGCGGCGGCGGCCGCCGGACCAACGCGGUGGGUUCGUUGCAGCUAAUUUAAUUUCAUCGAUGUAGCCAAUAUGCAUAGAUGCAUGUAGAUCAUCAUGGAAAUUGCAGGAAUAUAGAAGAGCGAGAAAUUCUUUGGUUCUUUGGUAUGAUGCGGUUGUUGAGCUGCUGUAGACAGAAUUUAUGGGAUGAGUAACACGCUGUUUUUUUUGUCUAAUUAAAUUACAUUACAAAAAUGACAUGAUGAGGAUGAAACAAGAAUUUGCAUCCUCUUAUUCCUCUGGUUAAUCAAAAGAUUUCAUCUUCAGUAUGUACAGGAAGAAUGAACAUUAUUUCAGUCAGAUGUUGUGCGGCGGCAUCUCAGUUCCAUGCGAAUGUCAAUGGGUGACCAGAAGAAUGAAAUCCAUGGAAGUUCUGUGCUGUGAGCAAUAAUACUUCUCGAGCUUGGAAUCAGUGCAUGUGGUCAUGUGGAUCAUCUGAAAGAGAUUAUUCUGGACUCCGAAGCGAAGCAUGAUAGAUGGCGCAUGCAUGUGGGAUCAUGGGUUAGAGGCUAGAUUCAUUUCUCCACACCGCAAGAAAGGAAAAAAAUGCCUUUCACUCUCUGUUCGAAAAUCAUCCCUCUCGAAGAUUAGUUCUAUGGAAUGAAGGCACUGAUGAUUAACUU